UCGCUUUACUGUUAAAAACAUUUCUUACGAUUGUGACUCUUAAAUCUCAUUUGUCAAUAAAUUAUUGUACUACUUUAAUUAAAAUAAUCAAACAAUAUAACGCAACGUAUGAUUUAUAUCGCAAAAUAAAUCGCUUAAAAAAAAAUGACAUGUAUGAAUCUUCUGAAUUAAAAUAACAAUAAAAAUCGCGUUGACUGUUUAAUAAAAGCAAAAGUGAUGUGUCUUAGUUAGAUUAUUGAAAGUGACUCAAUGCGUAAUCUAAUGUGCGAUACGCGAUUGUUUCCGAUUGUCAAUUAAGUGUCUUACAGAAUGGAAUCGCGUACACGAAUACUUAUUUUCUGUUUAUUAUACAUCGCGCGCGCUUCUCAAGUGCCAGCAGGAGAAAUCGAAUUCAGAGGAAGAUUGCCGCGAGCGGAAGAUGUUAAAAAUCUAUCAAGACUAGAUACGCUUGUAGAGAAAACUGAUGGAAUCGACAGACAAUCCGCGUAUAAAUUACGUGAUAAGAGAGCACUCGGUCUUCUGUUAUCAGGUUUGGCACAGAUCUUCGGAUACACGGUGACUCCGAUUCAAAUCGCCUCACUGCCAAAUCCGACGAAUAUCACAAGACCUGCCGCAAUGUCAAACUCAUCCAUGAUGGGCAACAUCAUGGGACAACAAACUACAUCUAUUCGACCGACGUCAAUGAACGAUGCUACAAUGCCGAGGCAACAGGAAACUAUCAGAUUCACCGGCGUGUUAAAUUUUGGCAACAAUUCGGACAUUAUAGGGCAUCUUCAGCGUUACGAGCAGAUCUUUCACGGCCGACAAAAUAAUGCGACAAAUACGAUGACGACGCUCUCGCAACCCGUAUCGAUGCCACCCGCGAAAAUUUCGCUGGAUCCGACAACGAACUCGGUGACCAGACCACCUUUGUUGGCGCCAUUUUUCGUGAGAAUUCCGUUGCCGAUUGCGCCUGAUCUUCCACCAGCCACAAUACCAAUCGAGGAUUUCAGAUUUUCGUAUCCUACCCCGACGGUUUCAAUCGCAAGCGAAUCAAACAAAACUGCGGAAAUGCCGAUUCGGAAAGAAGAGGAAACAAUAUAUAGAAAGAAGGAGAACACAGAACGAUACACGGUGGAGGAAAAAGAUAUCUAUGAUGAGAAAGACGUAAUGAAGCCGGUGAAUCAUUAUACUCAUCAAUUACUCAUCGAUGAGCCGAGCUCGCAGCAGAACGGCAAACAACAACGUAAACAGGAAAAGCAUGAGAGACUAAAGGAGCAAGAGGAGCAAAGAAACUGCAAUAAAAAUAUACGUUAUAAAGAGAAUGAAAUAAAAGAGAAAGACAGAAAGCGAAAAGAAGAGAUCGCUAAUCGAAAUCGAGAAGAAGAAAUCGUUAAUCGAAAUCGAGAAAAAGAAAUCGCUAAUCGAAAUCGAAAGGAAAAGAUCGCCAAUCAAAAUCGAGGAGAAGAAAUUGAUAAUCGAAAUCGAGAACAUGCUUCCAGGUACGAAUCAAUGGAGAAGAGAAAACCAGCGUAUAAUGAUGAAGAAGAUGAAGACUCCGCCGAAAGAUACGAGGAACGUAUCAGUCAAGCGAAUAAAUCUUCGAAGCAGCCUCUAAGGGAGACUGAGAACGAGGAAGUUGAAGACGACGAUUCUAACGAACAGUUUCGCGGACACAAGCAGCCUGAGAACUUUGACAAGUAUAUAGAAGUGGGCUACAAUCAGCAAUUACCUAUCGGCGAUUAUUUCCACGAGGGUGACCCUGAAGUGAUCCGUGAUAGCUACGGCGAGGUAUUGGACGAUAAGAAACUGGAGGAUGACAGAAUCGCCGGUUAUAUCAACAUGUUUAAGCAUCCGUAUGUAUACGAUUCGCAGAGCGUUCGCAAUCCCGAAGACGCGUCUGGAGAAGAUGAAAAUGAGGAAUCUACCGCAGAUGCUUACGACGAACACUUAACUAGACUGCAGAAGCUUAGAGAAGAAUACGCCUUGCCAAAGAUGAAGUAUGAAGAAUACGACUUGAACGAUGAGAAUGAAGCGAAAAGAGACGGCAGAGGCAACGAAAGAAUUCAGAACCAUACAUCGACGCGAUCAAAAACAGGGCGUAUUCGUGGCAAGGAAGAUAAUCGCGCGAAAAUGUCAACUGGACCGAGACAGAAUAUUCUACGCAAUGACGCCGGAAAAUUCGGAAAGACGAAAUCGCAGGACGAAAUCGAUUUCAUGAAACAUGUAACACCUUUAAUCGUGCCUAUACGCUAUAUCGAUACGAAUGACAACAAGGUGCAGCAGGCAACCACGCGACAGCUGAGUUAUGAAGAGUCGGAUAAAUUGCCGAGCGGCAGAUUUUCUGAAGAUAACAUCGAUUCCAUGCGAACGCUCGCCAAAGAGAAGCUGACUCCGCAGAUCGGUUUACCCGAAAGACCGCGAAAAUUGCACGAAGGCGAGCACAAAGAAUUGCAAGUCUGGCCCCCACCUUUCGAUUUCGCCUUCGAUAAUACGGCGCCGACAAACACUAUUAUUUCACCGAAUUCACAGAAUUACCCUUCAAAUUAUUACCGACAUGUAAAAGAUAUCGCGGCAGAUGACGCAAACAGCGACAACUCUUCGGAACAACUUUCCGGUAAUCCGGUCAACAUUAUUUCACCGAAUUCACAGAAAUAUCCUUCAAAUUAUUACCAGCAUGUAAAAAAUAUCGCGGCAAAUGACGCCAACAGCGACAAUUCUUCGGAACAGCCUUCCGGUUACCUGGUAGUCGUUGGUAAUCCGUAUCGAUACCCCUACAAUGUUUAUUAUUUUCCGAACGAAAAUACAAAUUCGCAAAAUCGAGAUUCUUAUCCCAGUACCGAGAGCGCACAUCAGCGAAAUCAAAUCUACGCUCCUCAACAAACUAAUCAACAUUUUAUCCAAGCGAACUCUAAUCUUACCGAACAUAAUUUAAAUAAGACCACGAGAGAUCAUUAUCAGCAACCUCACCAAGCUCCAACCAAUGUUCUCGAUCGUUACAAAUAUAUUUUUGGCCAACAUACUCCUGAAGCCAAGGAAUCGGUUAAUAUUGACACAAGAGAGCAAAUUCCUGUAAAUAUAGAGAACUGGUCGAGCAAAAUAUAUCAACCGCGAUCGCGAGUCGAGCAAUCUCCUCCGGUCCUCGCACAGUUGCAGAACGUGGCAUCUUUAAAUCAGAACGUGCAAAGCAGAUUUUCAAAUUCGCGUUAUUUACGGCCAAUAAGGAGACAAAAAAGAUCUCAACCGGAAGAGCAACGCAAGGAUGAUGGAAAGAUUGAGAUUCUGCAACCGAUUCCGAUAAGUAAACCUUUCGACGAUCCCCAGAGCGCGCAUGACUUCUUCGGCUUUAACAAGGACGAUUAUAGUUUCGCGGGCGAAAGCAGCGAUGCGUUCAAAGUUGCCGAGGAGAAUGGAAAAAUCACGAAAGAAUCGGACGUGCCUCUCGAUCCGCUCGUUUAUCAUCGCGAUAACGAAAGUGUCGUGAAACACACCGACGAACCGGAAAAUGAUACGGAGAAAGCCAAAGUCACAGAAUACAGGAACAAAGUAGCGACCUUAAAGGUAUCGGAGCAGAGGCAAUUAAAACCGAACGGACCAAUCUAUUACGUAGACUUUGUACGCAAUAUUUAAUUGCGAUAUAUCUUAUAGAAAGAAUUUUAAUAAAAAAUAUAUACGAUGCGUUGUUGAUUUGUAUAUUAUUAACAAAACUUAUUUCGUGAAAUGAAAAAUUUUUCACACGUUUCAUAGUUUUAUAUAGCAUCUGUUGUUAACAUGAAAUUUUUAAAUUGUAUUUAAUCUCAGUUUGAAUAAAAUUUGUGUUAUUAAAAUGUUAUUAAUUGUUAAAUAAAAUAUUGACAUAUA